AUGAACUGCUGCUUUCAGCAAUCUACUUCGAGCACUGAAAACAUCACUAAUCGCAGUAACAGGAUGGAGGCUCGGUUGCUUGCUCAGUUUUUUGGUGCAUUUUUGAUCUACUUCAUGACAUGGUCAUGUUGGACAUGGCUGCCAUAUAUGCCAUCUACAGAAUGGGUUGACUUUUCGACGACAACAUUCUACUUUCUCAACACUGCGGCAAACCCGACAGUAUAUCUCAUAUUCAACAGUAGCUUGCGUCAAGGAGUGUCUCAACUGUUUUGUCGUAAGAACAGUAAGGCAUCUGUCAUUUUCGUAUCCACGAGAAGUGUAGAGGAGAGGAAGAUAUAA